CUCAAAAUAUUUGAUGCGAAUCAGUUUUGCCACAGAUUCGAUGUCCGCGCCGAAGGCCGAGAAAACAGUGCAUGGUGGGCCGGAGCUGCAAGCCCCUCCAGGACAGGACGCUAAUGGCAUCACGGUGGGCCAAUGGUCGAGCCCCGUGAUACCCGAGGAGCCUGAAGGUUUCAUCGCCUUCAACGUCAACAUCGAGGCCUGUUGUCCAUGCAUUCCUUUGGCGCAGAUUGAGGUUCGGCUUGGGCUCACUUCGUACACGGGAGCUCUAAGCUGGUAUACGACCGCGUACGGGCUGUUGACACUGGCACUCGUGGGUUUGUGGGUCUUUGUGGCCCUGUGGAUUUACUCUCAGGCCUAUCGCGACUCUACCAGCGUCCUGGUUCGCAUCGCGUCGAUUCUCGGAUCGCUUGUGCUAACGGCCAUUCCUUCGCUGCUGCUGGUACGUCGCAUCUCGAUUCUGCGCUCAACGGUUCGAGAACGGUUCGAUAUCCCUGGGUCCGUACGUGAGGAUCGCACGGCGGCCUGGCAGGAGACGGCCCGGGCUAUCCGCCAGAUGCGGCGACACCUCAAGAUCGACCACGCCAAAGGCAGCGCUGUCGCCGCGCUGCCGGCCUAUGUAGCUUAAGGAUAGUUAAGCUGUUUCGGCUUAAAUAUAUGACUCCAUUGUCCGUUUCCA